UAUAGCGCUAUUGCGAGCCCUCCCACCAUGUUCCAUAUACAACUUCAUUUUAACGUCCCAUGUUUGACUGCGAUCUAUCUCUUGUGCUGUUCAACCAUUGUUACUGCUGCUUCAUCCUAAACCAUGAUGGAGUUGCCCCAGCCCAACACUUUCGUCUAUCGAACAGUCCACCAGCCUGAGCCAGCAGGAACGCUGCAGCUCAAAGUGGAUGUUUAUUCUCCUCCGGAAGCAACUGACAAUGAGUCACCUAUUCUGGUAUAUUUUCAUUCAGGUGGCCUGACCGCCGGCUCUCGUCAACUAAACUCAUGGUUCCCGACUUGGAUUUUGGAUCACGCAUUAUCCCUCGGCUUCACUUUCGUCAUACCCGACUACACCCUUCUCGUGCCGGGUAAUGCCCAUGACCUGCUCGAAGACGUGAAGGUGUUGACAAAUUGGUUACAUACUCAUCUGAACAAGGCACUUCAAGAUGCAGGCUUGCGCGAUGUCCGUACUGAAGACAUUGUGGUGGUUGGGCAAUCAGCAGGUGGAUACCUCGCCUAUCUUAUGUCGAUUCAUAUCAAUCCACCACCCAAAGCCGUUGCUAUCUUUUACGGAAUGGGAGGAGACUUUCUGUCGGAUAUGCACAUCGUGCCAAAAAAGGAAAAAUUUCAGCAUUGGGUCCCAUUCCUGACUGAUUCAAGGCCCUUUGAGACUUUGGAAAAUCGCGGGCGGGAGGAAGGGAUCAUCCUCGGUUGUUCAACAGAAGAUGAGACCAGAGUUCAAUUUUUCUCGUGGAUGUUGCAGAAUGCCAUUUUCCUCGAUAGGCUACUUGGUAUCCCCGGCAUCAGCGCUGAAUUAAGUAUCAUGCCGAGGGCAGAACGCGAGGCGUAUAUUAUUCACCGUGCAGGUCGGAAGUUUCUACCGCAGCUUUUGAUUGGUCCCGAUUUCCCCCCUUCCUACUUAGUACACGGAGGAGCAGAUACAGCUGUACUGGUCGAAGAAAGCCGGAAUGUUGUCCGCAAACUGGAAGAAUUUGGGGUAGAGCAUAUUUACCAAGAAUUUGAGGACCUUGAACAUGGGUUUGACUGGCAUGAUUGUCCGCGGAGACCAGAGUUGGAUGACGUUGUUCCUUUUCUAUUGCGGCACGUCAAUAGUGGUUGAACGAUAUUUCAUAGUAGCAGUGAUGAGUGGCCCGGGGUAGUCAGAUGAUGAGAUCCUCCUAAAAAUAUGCA